AUGACUUGCGGCAUUAUGGCAGCCACUGCCCCCUAUGUUCCAGAGAUGGAGGGCACAACAGACUUGGCCACUUCCAUCUACCACGAAGUCGGUGGCAAUAUCCUGGCCGGACCAGAAGUGCCCUACAGCCCAUCCCAAGUAGAGGGCUUCGGAGCACCGAUUGCACCAAUGUUCAGUUCACCGAAUAUGCCCGUUCUCAAACUUGAUACCAAUAUGAUGUUCAUCUCCAACUUUUGGUAUCCGGCGUUUGAGAUCACCGCUGGGCAUCACCAUUACAGCGAGCAGCUCGCACUUGAUCUCGAAGACCAUUCAGGAAUGUUCGCUGAACCUCGCUACAGCGACAAGUAUGCACUCUCGCCCAUCGAGGAGGAGGCCUGUUAUGAUUACGUUGAAGAGCUCGCGUUAUCGCCAGUGUACAAAAAGCCCCGAAAGCUGCUCCGUCGUGGUCGGAAGCAGUCUAGGGCCAAGGACAUCGAUGAAAGCGGUCAUGGUUACGCCGAAGAGCUUGAACUAUCAACGGCUUGCAAAGAGCGCCGGAAAUUACCUCAUCGGGGUCGGAAGAAAACUGUGGCCAGCAUGACAGACGUCGCCGAUUGCAUCAUCGUCGCCGUUCCAGAAGAGAUGCAACAAAACGCCUCUUGGGAAGCGAGACCUCAAGCUAAGAACGAGAAGCCCGAAGACUCUCCAACGGAAAAACCUGCUAGUGGCCGAAAGAGAAAACAUAUGGUAGACCAGGGGGAGCGACCCGUCAGAAAGUCCAAACGGAGCCGCAAAGUCAUCUGUUAUGCGGAAUAG